AGGGCGCGCUCUGCGGGCUGGAUGUCAGGGGUGCGGGCGCUGUUGGGACUCGGGCUGCUGGUUGCUGGAUCGCGCCUGCAGCGUGUUAGACACCCGACUGGCGCUUGCCGCUACGGACCCAUCUGGUGGGGGUCGCAGCGGCUGAACUCGGGGGUCCGCGGGUACCCAGGGACCAUGGCGAGCGCAGCGGUGAAGUAUCUGAGCCAGGAAGAGGCCCAGGCGGUGGACCAGGAGCUGUUUAAUGAGUACCAGUUCAGCGUGGACCAGCUUAUGGAGCUGGCUGGGCUAAGCUGUGCCACAGCCAUUGCCAAGGCUUAUCCCCCCACGUCCAUGUCCAGGAGCCCCCCUACAGUCCUGAUUAUCUGUGGCCCCGGGAAUAAUGGAGGAGAUGGCCUGGUCUGUGCAAGACACCUCAAACUCUUUGGCUACCAGCCAACCAUCUACUACCCUAAAAGGCCUAACAAGCCACUCUUCACUGCACUGGUGACUCAGUGUCAGAAAAUGGACAUCCCUUUUCUUGGUGAAAUGCCAUUAGAGCCCAUGCAGAUUGAUGAGCUCUAUGAGUUGGUGGUGGAUGCAAUCUUUGGCUUCAGCUUCAAAGGUGAUGUUCGGGAGCCAUUCCGGAGCAUUCUGAAAGUCCUGAGUGGGAUCACCGUGCCCAUUGCCAGCAUCGACAUUCCCUCAGGAUGGGAUGUGGAGAAAGGAAACUCAGAGGGGCUCCAGCCAGACUUGCUCAUCUCUCUCACAGCACCUAAGAAGUCUGCAGCCCAGUUUACGGGUCGCUACCACUACCUGGGGGGUCGUUUUGUACCACCUGCUUUGGAAAAGAAGUAUCAGCUGAACCUCCCCUCCUACCCUGACACUGAGUGUGUAUACCGUCUGCAGUGAGGGAAGGUGUGUGGGCAUUCUUCCUUCCAAAAAACUUUAGUGCCUCUUUCCCAGAACUGUGGAGUCCUGGGAGCUCUUCUAGUAAAUAAAGGUUAAUGGGUUGCUGGAGCCAGA